CUACCUGAGGCCCUGGUGGUGGGCAGAGAGCCCCAGUCUCACACCCUCUGCCUGCCCCCCAGCCCCAUGCUGACGUACAGGGUGGAUGCUGACAAGGGCUUCAACUUCUCCGUGGGCGACGACGCCUUCGUCUGCCAGAAGAAGAAUCACUUCCAGGUCACAGUCUACAUUGGCAUGCUUGGAGAUCCCAAGUAUGUGAAGACCCCCGAGGGCCUGAAACCUUUAGAGUGCUUCUACUUGAAGCUGCAUGGAGUGAAGCUAGAGGCUUUGAACCAGUCCAUCAACAUCGAGCAGUCCCAGUCCGACCGCAGCAAACGGCCCUUCAACCCUGUCUCGGUCAACCUGCCUCCAGAGCAGGUCACCAAGGUCACUGUGGGGCGACUGCACUUCAGUGAGACCACGGCCAACAACAUGAGGAAGAAAGGCAAACCCAACCCAGACCAGAGGUACUUCAUGCUGGUGGUGGCCCUGCAGGCACACGCCCAGAACCAGAACUACACGUUGGCAGCUCACAUCUCCGAGCGUAUCAUCGUCAGG